AUGGACAAGAAGCACCCUUCCCAAAACGGACUGACCCAGCCCCACGUUCAUUACUCAUUUUUGAAGACAGCAGCUGAAGGCCUGUUGCUGAGUGAUGAAGAAUUCUGUUCAAGUGUCCAGGACUCUCCAGAGUCCGAUUUUGAAAGCCUCUCUCAGGAAAGGCAGUAUCAGCUGGAACUCCAGCAGCGGAUCCGUAACAGUGAAGAGCUGCUGAACCAGUCUUACUAUGAACUGGAAGAAGACAGCUUAGAGGAAGAAAGCCUGGAAAAGAAACCCUUGAAUGAACAAGAAAGGCAGAUUCAGUUUGAACUUCAACAGCGGAUCCAUAGCGGUGAAGAGCUGAUGACCCAAUCUUACGGUGAACUGGAGGAAGACAGUUUAGAGGAAGACAGCCUGGAGGAAGAACCCUUAAGUGAACCAGAAGAAUCAGAUGUGGAAGAAGCACAAAUUCCCACUGGAAAUAACUGCGGAAAGGAGGACUGUGGUAGUAGUAAUUCAAGUACCAAAAUGGAAAUCACAGACAGAUACUCUGUACUGCGAUACAAUCCCAACUGGAAGAACGAGGGAGAAGGCAUUGCGGAGUUAAAGAAAUCACCCACGGAGGAUGCCCAAGGUGCACCGUUCCCCUCUCUCACUCUGACCUGCAAUCCUCCCCAAGAGAGGCUCAUGGAUACGGAUCAUAACCACAGAGAAGGACAGCAAGAAGUCCCAUCCCUGUCUGUGAGUCUGAACUCUUGCGCACAACCUGCAAGUGUUAGCGAUGGAUCUUAUCAGUCACCUAAAAACAGGGAGCCGGAAGGGAGCCGGUAUAGCAGCAGCUCCAGUAUAUGCAGCGAUGGCUCUUCUGCCCAAACAAAAGGCUUUAACCAAAAGAGAUCCAAAAAAGACUUUGUAAGAAGGAACAAAAACACUCUGGGAUUAACAACCCAACAGAAUGAUUCCUAUCUUCAGCACUAUAGCAAAAAGCAAAGGGAAGGCUGUCCGGGACAGGAUCACCAAUGCAAAAGGCCUGAGAUGAAAGGAACAAACUCAAGCCAAGGUCCAACCUUGAAAGAAAGCCCUGUCCACUGUCCGUUGGGAGCUCAAGUAGAACUGAGAGACCAGCACGGUGAACAUCACAAUGAGUUAGAAUUUGAGAACACUCCAACAAAUUCCAACUCCUACAGAGAACUUACCAGUUUGGAGCAGGACAGAAGAAGUUUGUCGUAUCCACCUGUCGCUGUUCUCUGGCCUUCCGUUGCCUCCGGGAAUCAAGCCAUCCCUCUCCACGCAUGUCCAAUCUACUUGGUUCACCCAGAUGACAAGGGAAUUUCCAUGAACCUGACGUUUGCUCGGAAUCCUCUUCAGCCGAGUUCAUGCCCAAGGUCUCCUGUGUUUCAUUUGUCAAGUAUUGGUGAAAACAGCAAGAAAUAUCACGAGAAUCUCUUAAACCUUUCUGGGUACCAGCAGCACUCCCCAUGUAGUUGCGCCGUUUCAGAUCCCCAUUGCCUUGCCAGACAUGGCAAGCAUCAAAAGCCUUUAGGGCACAAAAAUCGUUCACCUGCUUACGAUUCUGGAUUUCCGCAGCCAGUAAACGACAGACUCUCGGAUCGGAAUUCCAGAAGUAUUUAUAGAGAGGACAUCGGUAGCAACUGUGUUUCUGGUGGCCUAGGGCCAGCCCAGCCGCACGCCCGCAAUGUGCUAAGAGCGCCUUCUCCAACGGAGUGCCUCAUCCAGGCGGCUGAAAGGCACCUGCGAGACAUCUGUCAGCUGGCCGAUGACCACCUGGCUGGCAUGUUCCAUCUCCCACCUUUAAUUCAGAGAGGGGAGAGUGACUCGCAGCUCGAUUUGGAGAGCAGCAAAGAAAGCCAGACCGGCCUGAACCGCAGCAAUUCCGAAGGCUACCUGCUUCAAAUGGAGAAGCAGAAUGAGAAGCAGGAAAGAAAGAGCAGGAAGGGUUCUCGGAUAAAAGGCUACAUGAAGAUGGACGUGAAGCUCGGCGGCCUUGGACCGGACCAUGAGACAAUCAAAGAAAAAGCUGAGAAGAUCAAGCAGCAAAAGGAAUACGCCAAGCAAAUUAAGGAACACAACAGGAGGAAUAGCAUCAAUGCUAGGAAACCAUCAGCCAUAUCAGAGAACAAGUUAGCGGCAUCAAGGCAGAAGGCCCUGGAAUAUGCCAAGACAAUAACUAAGCCCAAAAUUGUCCGGUCGAAACCACCGGAACAAGAACCCAAAGAUGAGAAAAAUCCGGCACAUACUUUAAACGGAGAAAAUUUACCUCCCAUUUCAUCUCUGGAGUCUCUGCAGAACCGCCAUGAACGGGAGAAACAAGUUGUGGCUGCAUUUAAAACUUUGCACAUUGUAUGAGCAGCUGAACGGAGGGCCGACCGGCUGUGUCUCCUGCCGCUGAUACCACACUGAGUCUCCUGUCAAUGGCUGCCUGGUGUCCCAAAGGGCCGGCAAUGAAUUAGGAGUUUCUGCUGUUGCAAAAACAAGGUGUUUGAGACAAAACAUUUUCACUAUACGCACUCGCCCCUGGUUUAUUUUUCUCAAAUUCGA